ACAAUAAACAGUCGAUGUAUAGGCUACCGUUCGGUAAAGUGUUAAUAAUAAAAUAAGUAAUGUUUAAAUAUAUGGACCUAAAUAAUAACGAUACACAACUUGCGUACUGCUACGAAGGCCAGCGUAGGAGUCCCUCUGGGCACAACCCCCCUUUCGGACAUUAACACUGAAGAAUCAUAUAAAAAUCAUAACACUGAUGCCAUUUUCAAUCGUCAGCAGGCAUUCCAAUGCCACAAUAACCGUUUGAAUCCAGCAGUAAUCAACAGCAUCAGAAAUAGGAGAUCCAUGAGUUUCAAUAACGAGGUGGUCCGUUAAAAGAUUUAGCACCGCAUUAUCAUGCUCGUGAUAUCAUUUCGACCAGUGAUGUUUGAUUGCGCGCAAAGGUAUGUCGUUUCUUACUGCGGAGUGUUCACAUCUAAGCGAAACCAGCACACGAUUGUUUUAGGUUGUCAUUCCUGUGAGACUAAGAAACUCUGUGUUCUACAUAGUUUAUAUAUAGAAACAAAGUUAUGAUGUAACAAAGUAAAAAUCUCAGGGGAAUUUUUACAUAACCUAAAAUGGAGUAUUAUAUAAACAAAAGUGAAUAUAUAGUAAAACUGGAUGAGGAAUUAUUAUAUAAAGAUUUAGAUGAAAGUAUUAUUUAUCAUAUCGAGAAAAAUCAUCCCCAAAAAUAUUUUGAGCUAAGUGACAGCUAACAUGCAGGAUUGCAAGCAUACUUCGCUCGAUUACCUACGGAAAUAAUAGGAAUGAACCCAGCAAAAGAUCAAAGAGCUGGUAGGUUUACCCCUCCACGACAUCCACAAACCAUGGGAAAACCCCAAGAAACACAAAAAAUUGAAACAGUUGACAUAUCUACCUCUCCACAACAUGUACAAACCAUGGGAGAGACCGAAAAAAAACGAACAAUUGAAAUAACUGACAUAUCUACCUCUCCACAACAUGUACAAACCAUGGGAGAGGCCGAAGAAACACGACAAUUGAAACAGUUGACAGAUCUACCUCUCCACGACGUGUACAAACCAUGGGAGAGGCCGAAGAAACACGAACAAUUGAAACAGUUGACAGAUCUACCUCACCACGACGUGUACAAACCAUGGGAGAGGCCGAAGAAACACGAACAAUUGAAACAGUUGACAGAUCUACCUCUCCACGACGUGUACAAGCCAUGGGAAAGACCAAAGAAGCACGAAAAAUUGAAACAGUUGACAGAUCUACCGCUCCACGACGUGUACAAGCCAUGGGAAAGACCAAAGAAACACGAAAAAUUGAAAAAGUUGACAGAUCUAAUUCUCCACGACGUGUACAAACCAUGAGAAAGACCGAAAGGGCGCAUAAAGUUAGAAAAGUUGACAGAUAUGUCAGUUCAGGACAUCUACAAACUUGGAGAGAAAUCCAAGGAAGAGAAAAAUGGUGGCGACAUAUGGCAAAGUACAGAACAGGAAAUUCCGACUACUUUAAAAGCCAACGGCCUUGUGUUGAUCCUGAUGAACCAUCAACUUCGAGAGUAAACAUGUACAUUGUCGAUUAAAAAGUAAUGUUGUCUACUUGGUGAAACAUUCUGUCAAUGUUUCCUUCUAUAGUAUCACCAUAUGAGAUUACAUGUAAACAUAGCGUAUAGUUGCUCGAAAGUGAUAAAUUAGAGUAACAACAAUUAAUUACGAUAAUUAUAGUUAACCAUUUUUGCAGGACAAUUCGAACAACACUUAUCCAAAUCGCAAUCGUCAGCAUGCAUUCCAAUGUUAUAAUAACCGUUUGAAUCUAGUAAUAAUCAGCAGCACCAGAAACAAGAAAAUCAUUCGUUUAUAAAACAAGCACAAAUCAUUUGAAUGAAUGUUUCAUAAACUAACAAAUAAUAAUAUUAUAUAAGUUAUUUACU